AUGUCUACUACACAACUAAGAUCCGCUGGUCGGCUGGCUCAGCUCGCCGGACAUGUGAACGGAGUGCGACAGUUCUCUACAAGGCCAGCUCUGCGCAAGGAACUCCAAGACGCCUAUAUCUUGAGCGCCGCUCGAACUCCCACUGCAAAGUUCAAUGGCUCCUUCGUAUCAGUAUCGGCCACCAAACUAGGCGCUGUCGCUAUUAAGUCCGCUUUGGAGAAGUCAAAGGUCCCCGUCGAGAAGAUCACCGAUGUAUACAUGGGCAACGUUCUUCAGGGCUCUGUUGGCCAAGCGCCCGCUCGACAGGCCGCCAUCUUCGCUGGCCUGCCCAAGGAGAUCGAAGCGACUACUAUCAACAAGGUCUGCGCGUCUGGAUUGAAGGCCGUCACUCUGGCCGCUCAGAACAUCCAAUUAGGUCUCUCCGAGGCUCAGAUCGCUGGUGGAAUGGAGAACAUGUCCCAAGUGCCAUACUACGUGCCUCGCGCCAGUGGCCUCCCUGCCUUUGGCCAUGUCAAGAUGGAGGAUGGCCUUAUCAAGGAUGGUCUGACUGACGUUUACGAUCAAUUCCACAUGGGCAACUGCGCCGAGAACACUGUCAAGAACCACAAUAUCACCCGUGAGCAGCAGGACGAGUACGCCAUCCAGUCAUACCGCAAUGCGCAAAAGGCUUGGGAUGAGAAGGCCUUUGCCGACGAGAUUGCUCCCGUCACUGUCAAGACACGCAAGGGCGAGACCAUCAUCGACACCGAUGAGGGAUUCGCCGACGUCAAGUUUGACAAGAUCCCCACGCUUAAGCCUGCUUUCGUUCGUGAUGGAAGUGGCACAGUUACUGCUGCCAACUCAUCUACUCUCAACGACGGUGCCAGUGCCCUCGUUCUAGGAAGCAAGGCCAUUGCCCAGAAGUAUGGUUCCAGCUCGCGCGUCUUGGCUAAGAUUUGCGGCUACGCUGAUGCCGCCACAUCCCCUAUCGAUUUCCCUGUUGCUCCCGCCAAGGCUGUCCCCAUCGCCCUCGAGCGCGCCGGUAUUACCAAGGAUCAGGUUUCGAUCUGGGAGUUCAACGAGGCUUUUGCCAGUGUUAUUCUGGCCAACUCUAAGAUUCUGGGGCUAGAAGGCGCCAAGGUCAACCCUCUGGGGGGUGCCAUCUCGCUGGGUCAUGCUCUCGGUAGCUCCGGCUCGCGAAUCCUGACCACUCUCCUACAUCAGCUCAAGCCUGGUGAGUACGGUGUUGCAGCUAUUUGCAAUGGAGGUGGUGCUGCGACUGCUGUUGUGGUGCAGCGAAUCGAGUCUGUUUAA